CCAGAUGAAUGGCUUCACCAACAAUGGUCGUUCUUCUUCUUGGUGCAAGGCACCCUGACUCAUCCCUAUACCUGUAGACGAGGCUUUUCCAUGCUGAUCCUGACAGCCAAGCUCCCUGAAGCUUACAUUCCAGGGCCAGUAAACAUCUCCUCUUCCGGAGGACUCCAUCGUUGGUUCACGUCACCAUGUUGCGGUUGGCCACCUUCUUCAUACACUGCCUCGCUCUGGUUUUGGGACACUAUGACAUUUGCAAGUCCUGGGUGGCGUCUGAUGAUGGACCAUCUUGGGAAUAUUAUGCCUGCCAACCCAAGCCCAUGGCGAUGAAGGAUUACGUAAUGGUGAAAGUGGACCCCCCUGGAAUAACCUGUGGGGACCCCGCCGAGUAUUUCUGCACACAUGAAAACCCAUACCUCUGCAGCGAUGAGUGUGACGCUGCCAAUCCUGACCUUGCCCAUCCACCAAGCCUGAUGUUCGACAAAGAAGAAGAAGGCCUGGCCACCUACUGGCAAAGCGUCACGUGGAAACGAUACCCCGAGCCGCUGGUUGCUAAUAUCACGUUGUCUUGGAAUAAGAGUGUUGAGUUAACCGAUGACAUUGUGGUGACCUUUGAAUAUGGACGUCCUACGGUCAUGAUGUUGGAAAAGUCAUUGGACUAUGGAAGGACUUGGCACCCCUACCAGUAUUAUGCGGAUGACUGUAUGGAAGCGUUUGGCAUGCCGGCCAAGAAGAUCAGGGACCUCACUGCCUCCAACGCCAACCGCGUACAAUGCACCGAGGAGUACUCCCGCUGGGCGGGUUCCAAGAAGGAGAAGAACGUGCGCUUUGAUGUUAGAGAACGUUUUGCCAUUUUCGCGGGUCCUGAUCUUAAAAAGAUGGAGAACUUGUACACAAGGAUGGAGAGCGCCAAGGGUUUGAAGGACUUUUUCACGCUCACCGAUCUACGGAUUCGUCUCUUACGCCCGGCACUGGGUGGAACCUAUGUUCAGAGAGACAACCUGAGAAAGUAUUUCUAUGCCAUCUCCAAUAUAGAAGUGACUGCCAGGUGUAAAUGCAAUCUACAUGCCAACGCAUGCUCGUUCCGGGACGGCAGUCUGCAGUGCGAAUGCGAACAUAAUACCACGGGACAGGACUGCGGCAGGUGUGAAAAGAGGUUCCGCACCAAGUCUUGGCGAGCUGGCUCCUACACCCCUACCCCUCAUGGAUCCCCCAAUGCAUGUGCAGCGGCUGGUUCCGCCUUGGGCAACUGCGAGUGUUACGGACACUCUAACCGCUGCAGUUAUAUCGACUUCCUGAAUGUGGUGACCUGCGUCAGCUGCAAACACAACACUCGAGGUCAGCAUUGUCAGUACUGCCGGCUCGGCUAUUACCGGAAUGUCUCUGCCGAGCUGGACGACGAGAAUGUCUGCAUAGAAUGUAAUUGCAACCAGCUGGGAUCUCUGCACGAUCGAUGCAACGAUACGGGCCACUGCGAGUGCAGAACGGGAUCCGCCGGGCCCAAGUGUGACGAUUGCCUGCCUGGGUACCACUGGAAACAGGGCUGCAAACCCAAUGUAUGUGACGAAGAGCUUCUGAUCUGCCACAAUGGCGGGACUUGCCACCACGGACAGAAAUGUAUUUGCCCCGCCGGCUUCAAAGGAGCCCUGUGCCAGGAUGCUAAAUGUGACUCCACCCACAGGAACUGUGACUCCGCCUCCAGCACUGUGGUCAGCUCGGCGCUUCUUCUCGUUUGCACACUUUUGAUGAGCACGGUAGACGGUUAAAGCCCUGAAUGUCAUAGGCUGAGCACACCGCAGGAGCUGUGUCUACGUAUCAGUCAAUCUUCCUGUUACAGAGCACUAGAUAGUCAAGAGGGGGGCAGUUGAUGUCUGAUGGUAACUCAACUUCUGCAGUGCCUUAUUGCCUUGUUACAAGGGACAUUGGGAGAGCUUGUAAAAGCACACUGGCGUCACUGGCGGCCAUGUGCAAAACAGUGCCAUUAAGUUGGCCCUCAGGUGGAAGAGUCUCUCCCCCUCUCUCAUGGCGUGAUGAUAGCCAGCUAUAUUUUGGACUGGCUCCGCCAAGGGCACUACCUACACCCAUCUACGGACUCCGACAGAUGGAUGUUGGAGCGAUCACCAGCUGCUGGUCAAUGCUUUUACGCAAGAAGGUGGUCAUAAUAAGCCUACCUCUCUUUAGUAUAAACAGGGGGCACGUGGUGGACAAAGACAAUGCUUAACAAGAAAGGGGGUCAUCUCUACACCUCAUUGGAGUCGCAGCGUGGAGACCGGACCCCGUGCCAAAAACAAGGACUGCACAUAUACAUAUAAAUAUAUAGAAAGAAAACGUAUAGGAUUUCGGCGGUGGGAUUCUGAGCGCGUCCAUGCGGAGGCAGGCAUCCGAACUAAAAAAAUCUUUGGCUAUGACUGUUUCUGUGAUGGGAAUUUGCUGCCUUUUAACUUAUUUGGUAUAUUUACCACGUUUCACAGAGUUCUUUCUUAAUGUGCAGUCCCACUUCCUAGUCUCCAC